GACAGAAACAUAACUGGUGGCUACGACGCAGGUAUCUUCAACUGUCGCCAACAAACAUCGCUCCCAUGUAUAACGAAACCACCCAAUAGUGUGGUCAGUCCCGUGAGUCAUGAUCGCCUCCUCCACCCCCACCAACGUUGGACCUCACCCUCUGCGCUUUCUGUCCAAACCAGCCACCACAAGGUUUCUCUCUCUCACACUCCACUCUCGGGGCAUCGCUGCCGCACUUUCCUCGACCACUAGCACCCCCUUGAAGCCCACGUGCCGCUUCAACUGCUACGGCGCCAAAGAUGGAAGCUUUGAACGGAAAGAGGAGGAGGGUGAGCGCGAGGUGCAUUGUGAGGUCCAAGUGAUAUCGUGGAGGGAACGCCGAAUCAACGCGCAAAUUACCGUCGAUGCUGACACUGAAUCCGUUUGGAAUGCUCUCACCGAUUAUGAGCGUCUCGCUGAUUUCAUCCCAAAUCUUGUUUGGAGUGGGCGAAUUCCUUGUCCAUACCCAGGGAGGAUAUGGUUAGAGCAAAGGGGAUUCCAAAGGGCAAUGUAUUGGCAUAUAGAAGCUCGUGUUGUGUUGGAUCUUCGAGAAGUCAUCAAUUCAGCAUGGGAUCGAGAACUUCACUUUUCCAUGGUUGAUGGGGACUUUAAGAAGUUUGAUGGCAAAUGGUCCGUAAAAUCUGGAACAAGGUCAUCAACUGCUAUUUUAUCUUAUGAAGUUAAUGUGAUACCAAGAUUCAAUUUCCCCGCCAUUUUUUUGGAAAGGAUUAUCCGAUCUGAUCUUCCUGUGAACCUCCGAGCUUUGGCUUACAGAGCUGAAAGGAAUUUUAUGGGAUAUCAGAAACUUCCACUGUCAGAAAAUCAAUUGCACAAAACUUAUAUAGCCAUUAACGGGUCAUCUGUUGAAAAGAUAAAUGGUGCUUUGUGUGAAAGUGUUACGUUGCCACCUGCAGAAAACAAAAAAGAAAUUUUUGGUUCAGUGUCUGGUUCCAUGCUCCCAUCUUCCAGUGACGUGAGCAGCAACUGGGGUGUGUUUGGAAAAGUUUGUAGGCUUGACAGACCUCGCAUGGUGGAUGAAGUUCAUCUCCGCAGAUUUGACGGACUUCUGGAAAAUGGAGGUGUUCAUCGUUGUGUUGUUGCAAGCAUAACUGUUAAAGCUCCUGUUCGUGAAGUAUGGAAUAUUUUAACAGCCUAUGAAACUCUUCCUGAGGUAGUUCCAAAUUUAGCAAUCAGUAAGGUUUUAUCACGAGAUAACAAUAAAGUCCGCAUUCUUCAGGAAGGGUGUAAGGGCCUUCUUUAUAUGGUGCUUCAUGCUCGUGUUGUGUUGGACUUGAGUGAAUAUUUAGAACAGGAGAUCAGUUUUGAACAAAUUGAAGGGGACUUUGAUUCAUUCCGGGGAAAAUGGAUUUUUGAACAGCUAGGAAAUCAUCACACACUUCUAAAGUACUCUGUGGAGUCAAAAAUGUGCAAAGACACUUUCCUUUCUGAAGCCAUCAUGGAGGAGGUCAUUUAUGAAGAUCUCCCAUCAAACUUGUCUGCAAUAAGAGACUAUAUUGAGAACCAGAAUGUAUCAAAAUCUUCAGAAGUUUGCGAGGAGAAUACCAAUUCAGGGCAACAAACUGUUUCAUCUGUCUUUCAGAAAGACGAAAACUAUGGUUUAGCUAAGGAAGUUCCUAAUUGCAAUGUUCAAUGUUCAUCUCAGCAAAGACCUAAAGUGCCAGGAUUACAGAGGAAUAUUGAAGUACUAAAAUCUGAACUCCUGAAAUUCAUUGCAGAACAUGGACAGGAAGGAUUUAUGCCAAUGAGGAAGCAACUUCGUUUACAUGGAAGAGUGGAUAUUGAGAAGGCUAUAACUCGCAUGGGUGGAUUCAGAAAGAUCGCAAUAAUAUUGAACCUUUCUUUGGCUUACAAACACCGCAAACCAAAGGGUUACUGGGACAAUCUUGAAAAUUUGCAGGAAGAGAUAAGUCGGUUUCAAAGGAGCUGGGGAAUAGACCCUUCAUUUAUGCCCAGUAGAAAGUCAUUUGAACGUGCAGGGAGGUAUGAUAUUGCGCGUGCAUUGGAAAAGUGGGGUGGAUUACAUGAAGUUUCUCGCCUUCUGUCACUCAAGGUAAGAAAAAGGAGCAGACAGGAGAACCUUGGUAAGGAAAAGAGGAGUGAUCAUAUAGAUAGUGAGAUGAAGACACCAUGUAUUUCUCAAGACACGCAAAAGUGGCUUACAAAACUAAAACAGAUGGACAUAAAUUGGUUUGAGUAAAAGAGGAAGGGUUUUGAUUUAAA